AUGGCAGAGUGUGCACGUGAGCAGCCAAUUGAGGAAGAAAGCGUCUCCAUUUCGUGUUCAGAGAGUAGUUCAGUGUCAAGUAGGACUAGCUCAUCAAGAAGUGAAGGUUUGAGAAAAUACAAACUCACAUCGUCUGAUGAACCGACACAGAUUUUUAAAAAAAAUGUGUCUAAAUGGAAACAAGUCGACUUAGAUGCCUUGGGGAUAUUUUACGAUCAAGCUGCCUUACCACUGUCUACUUUAAUUGCACGAACAAAACAGGUGGCAUGGAGGGGGCAGAUGUACCGAAUGACAACUACACCAGACCAUUUACAUACUUUUGAGGAAAUAAUGAAAGAAUCAAUCACUUUAACUUUACCCUACGAAACCGGACCAAGACCAGUCACUAGUGUAGAGGCAGUGACACUUGUAGCUGAAAUAGAAGAAACACGGGAAAAGUUUUUUGAUUACUCCAUGCAAGUUAAGGAAAAAUUGAAUUUAUCCAAGGAGAAAGAAAAGGAAUUUCUUUUGUGGCAGUCUAGAACACAUGACUUCCUGAAGUUUUUGGGAAAAUUUCAAGAAAUACGGACAUCAUGCCCCGUCAGAGAAAGCCAAUACACAAACUUAUUUAUGAAGUUUUCAGAAAUAUUUUCUUUGCAACCAGAGCUUGGUGAUAAUCGCAAAGCACAUAUUAGUAUCGGAAAACAGGAGGUUGUAUCUAUUCCAGAUCUGCGAUUCAUACGAUACCCAAAGCAUACUCUUGGAACAUUACUAGUAAUGCUCACAGAGGUAAAGGUGGGAGGAGUUGGUGACGAAUGGAGAAAUGAAUUACCUGAUGCUUUUGAUAUUCAUAUGCUAAGCACACAUAUUUUAGGUCAGCAUGGAGGAGAACUCUUAGCAGAAAGACAUUAUUCCUUCUUUACCCCUGGUGUUCUUGGUGUGAUUUGUUUGAAAACUAAGUUAAUCAUCACAUUCAUGGAAAUGACUGAGGACCAUUACAAAUGCAUAGAAAAGGGCCUUUCCUGUGAUGAAAAACGUGCCUCCAUCUCUUACACAAAACCAUAUGAUUACUGGAAUGCAAAAGACAGAGAAGAAAUUUAUGAAACACUUUUUUGGCUUGGCCAUCUUCAGUCAUCAGAAAAAUAAUAUAUGUUAAUGAUGCUAAAACUUCUGUAUCUUUUUAUCUCUUGAAAACUUCAUUCAUUGAGAAAAAGCCUUUUGCAAUUAAAUAAGGUAAAUCUGAAUUUGUCACUGCUAAACUUCCAACUAAAAUUUUAAAAUCUGCUAAAAUAUCAUUGAUGAAGAUGUAAUACCAGGUAAAUUGCAUUUUAUAAAAGAAAUUUUUAAAAAAUGCUGAUAGCUACAUGUAUGUUACAAGACUAAGUGAACCUUUCUUUCCCUUGCACUGACAUUAGUUCAGCAUCAUCAGAGAACUUUCAUGAAGCAAUAUGCGAAUACUAGGACUAGUUUUGUAGAACAAGAAGGCUACAAAUUAUGAAUUCAAUGAGUUUGUUUUUAUUAAAGGCCUCUUGGGCAUGUAUAAAUUUGCAAAAUGAAUCUGUAUUGUUAUUGUCAAGUACAUUGUGAUAAAUUCUCUUCACAUGAAGAAAAAGAUUACAGAUUGUUAUUUCAUUACAUUAUUUAGUGUAGAAUUCAGCAUCAUCAAAAUCCUUACACAAAUGAGGUAAUGUAUUAAUAAUUUUACAUAAUUUAAGAUAAAAUUUAAACCAUUUUUGUAUGUAUAUAUGUCUGUAUGA